AUGAUGGCAGAGAUCGGCAAGCACCUCGAUCUCAACAGCAAGCUUAGACUUCGGCUCGCGCUGGUCAAACAUCGUCAAGGUGAUGUCGUGGAGAUGCUGAAGGAACCGCUCAAAGUCCUUUAUGUCUCACCAAGCAGGACUUCCCUCCGCAACUUCAAGCAGAUUUGCCAGUGCGAGUACUUCCAGCAAUACAUCGUCGAGGUUGUCUUUCUGCCAAGUGUUAUAGAUGUAGCUGGAGAGAGACCAGUCUGA